AUGUCCCGCCAUUUCGUUUCUGUAAGUUAAACCUUAAGUGUCCACUUCUUGUAUUGUAUAUUUCAAAUCAAAGUUUAAUUUUAGGCCCAGGCACAAACGCUCUCCAUGCUGUACUUGGGCGUCCGCUAUAAAAUCUUAGACAAGUGAGCAUAUUACUUCUUACUAAUUGUUUUACUCUAAUUUAACUGAUAAUUUUGAUCAAAAGUGUUUGUUUUUCUUUUGUUUAAUAUUUGAUUUAUAUGUCUUAGAUUCGCCGCAAUGGAUUUCGAUACAAGAGAAGUCGUCAUAGAGACGCUCAUCCAGAAAAUUGAGCUACUCGACGAUCUGCUGCAAAAUCGAUCGGGUAUGCAAAACCUGUAAACUUUUUACUUUCUCUUAUACCAAUUUUAAAUACAAUAUUCCCAUUUGAUAAAUUUAAAACAAACUUCCCCUAAAGUUAUUAAAAGAUUUUGUGUUUAGUGCGUGGCCACGGCAAUCCAGCGAUUCGUACACCACUCGUUGACGUCGUAUGUUUUCUGUUAUUCUAUUAUUAAUAAUAACACAUUUAUUCUCUUCAGCCACCUAGAAAUAAAAUUAACAAACAAAAAAAAAGAAGAGAAAAAGAGGGGGAAUGUGGGUAGGGGAAGGAACAAUGGCUUGACAUGACCAUUGGCCGGCAGUAGCCAGAGGUCAGUUAGAAUACAAAAAGCUAGGGGUCUGACGUAAACGUUGAAAAGUUUAAAGUAGAGACUGGGGUUCGAGGAGCGAAAGGCUUUCAGAAUUUGUUUGCAUUUCAAGAGACAUUUCAAGAGGUUAUUCUAUUAUUCUGUUAACAAUAAAUUAUAAUAUUCAAAAAAUCGAUGUGAAAGUGUAUACAUAAUCAUAUAAUAACUGAAUAUUUGUAUUUAGCGUUCCUCGCUGAAAGGAAUCCUACUGAGACUGAAACAUCAAGUCGAUUCCGCUGCAACUCUCGCAGAUGAAGCUCAAUUGGGUAUUUUUUUAAAUAUAUUUUAGAAUGUUUGUAUAUUUUUCUAUUUUGAUUACGGACAUGUAUUCUAUGUUUUUAUAGGAGCCCCAGCGAAUGCAGCAGAACAGGCCGCGUUGUCACGGGUGGACGAAGUGCUUCGUGCAUUGAACGAUGCGAUCUCUCCUUCAUCAUUGAUCGACAAUUCUGCUACGGAGACCGACUGA